AUGUCAGAUGCAGAACGUGCACGCCAGUAUCGUAUUCGGAAACGUGAAGAUAUAUUGCAAAAUAACCAGGGUGCUAUAUUAACGAUAUCACCAAGUCCUGUAUCUGGUGCAGAACGUGCACGACAAUUUCGUACACGGAAUAGACAUUUGAAAGCUCUGUGUAAUCAACUUGAUGACGUUGAAAACGAUUUGGUUGUUUAUGAUGAAUUUAUGGUUGUAGAGAAUUUGGAUGAGGAUCAAAUAAAUGUUAGAUCUGGAGGAGUAGCUAUAUAUCACAAUAACGACGAUAUAGUUAAUAUUGUCACUCCAUUGACUGAGAUGACAAUAGGGCAAUCAAAGUUAUAUAAUUCCAAAAUUACUCCAGUCGGUGAAUUUUGUGUUGCUGCUUGUUUAAGACAAAAUGAACCAAUCAUCAUCAUUGUAGCAGUUUGUAACCAAAUCAAAAAAUAG